AUGGCUAGAGUUUUGGCUCAGUCACUUAGUGUUCCUGGCCUAGUGGCUGGGCACAAGCACAGUCAACAUGAGGGAUCGGGAAAAUCUAAGAGUUCAGUCAAGAUGAUGUGUGCUUUGCGAACAAGCGGAGGUUUCUCAGGACUUCGUACUUUCAAUCAUUUGAAUACUAUGCUGAGACCUGGACUGGAUUUUCACUCAAAGGUAUCGAAGGCAGUUUCUUCACGGCAGACAAGGGCGAAGAGAUUCAUACCUAGAGCCAUGUUUGAGCGUUUCACAGGGAAAGCAAUCAAAGUGAUAUUGCUAGCUCAGGAGGAAGCAAGAACUCUUGGUCACGAUUUUGUUGGAACUGAGCAGAUUCUUUUGGGUCUUAUUGCUGAAGGCACUGGUAUCGCCGCCAAGGUUUUAAAGUCUAUGGGAAUUAACCUGAAAGAUGCACGUGUUGAAGUGGAGAAGAUAAUUGGAAGAGGUAGUGCAAUUGUUGAUGUCGAGAUUCCAUUUACUCCUCGUGCAAUUCGUGUGUUCGAACUUUCACUGGAGGAAGCUCGCCAACAUGGUCACAAUUAUAUUGGAUCAGAGCACUUGCUUCUGGGUCUUCUUCAAGAGGGUGAGGGUGUAGAAGCACGUGUUCUUGAAAACUUGGGCGCUGAUCCUACUGAUAUUCGCACACAGGUUAAUUCGCAUGGUGGGUGA